CCCCAGCAGCCUGCCACCGGCGCACUACGGUGGCCGCACGCACAUACCAUGUUAUAGCCAUCGCGAGUGUACGUUUCUGCCGUUUUUCCGUCCGUGUCGCUCGUUUAUAUAAAUAGAGGCGUCCGCCGACCGCGACGGUUGAUCGACUUUGCCUUGCCGUUGUAAUGUACGCGGCCCGAUUGUUGUUACUAUUAACGCGCGUUUGAUUCGACCGCCAAACGCCUUGUGGUGGACGCCACCGACGGGUGCCGUAUUCUCGAUAAUCGUAUUGGCGAUAAUUUCAAUAAUGCAGUUGAAGUGAACCGCCGCACGUCGUUCGGGCCGGGACGGUGUGAUCGGGUGUGUGUGUGUCGGUCGUCCGUAAGCGCGUCGGGCAAAACCCUUCUCCACGCGAAGCCCGCGGGGUACGGUCGUACAGUGCAUGCGAACGUGUGCGACGCUGAUGUUGUUUGUACGGCCUGUCGCGUGCUGCUGUCCUCUACGAUUAGCUGAAUGCGCGGCUGGUGACAUGUUCGGAUGCGUUUUGCAGCGAACGCGGCGAACGUAGAGGUGCGUUAAAUGCCAUCUGCUUGUCGAAAGUGGCGGGUACAACGGCGGCUUUGGAAUUAUGUCGCCACUGGCGAUCGACAGACGACGUUUUCCGGUGCUGUGUUUUGUGAUCAUUACACUAGUAAGAAGAAAUGUUUUCUGUACAGAUCCCGAAACGAUCGGUGGCAACACAACAACUAUCAGCAUCGUUGACUAUGAUAUGCCAGUUCAGGACAUGGUUCCUGAUAAUUCGUUGACUUCUCCGUGUCAUCAAUUUGAAGGCGAGUUUGAAUUUUACUCUCCCGGUUAUCCUCAAACAUAUCCUAACAGUACUGAGUGUAUAAGGGUUAUUACAGCCGACGAAGGAGAAGUUAUAGAAUUGGAUUUCAGAGACUUAUUUGAAAUCGAACCGAGCGAAGGUUGUAAACACGACCAUUUAGAAAUUCGAGAUGGUCCGUAUGGAUAUUCAGAACCUGCUCAUUAUUUUUGCGGCAACCAGUUUCCGCCCAAGAUAGUAUCAAAGGACAGGUCGCUGUGGAUUAGAUUUCGCUCAGAUGAAAACACUGAGUACAAAGGAUUUUAUGCAGUGUAUAGAUUUAUAAAAAAGCCUCCAACAAGCGUAUCUAUUCCCAAACUGCCCGUUUGCCGAAAAUACAUUAAUGGAUCGCAAGGGUAUAUAAACAGUACGGAUGUAGAAGACGUUAAGAAUGAAACUCUAAUGUAUAAAGUGCCUUUGGAUUGUAUGUGGAUAAUUGAAGUUAAAGUAGGAUGGAAAAUCCAGUUGAAUUUUAAAGAUUUUGUGUUGGAAAAACCCAACGAUUGCAGUUGGAAUGUGGUAGAAAUUUUUUCGAACCGUACCGACAUGGCGUCACGACUCAAAGUGUUCUGCGGAUCGUUAGCUGAAUUGGUAUUGUCGUCCGGCAACAUAUUACACGUCCGUUUUGUAACUGAAGGCCGGAAGUCCAUGUUUUCAGCGCUGUUCACCGCUUUUCGCACAAAGAAUAAAGAUGAAGACUGUGGUGAAGAUCAGUAUGAUUGUGAAGAUUUAACUUGUAUAGAUGCAGAACUACGAUGCAACAAUGUAGAAAACUGUCGUUUCCGUUGGGAUGAAGACGGUUGCCCGGAAGAGGAUGAUACCUUAAUACGUCUGUUUUCUGGUUUCGACAUUAUCAUUAUCCUAGUGGUUUUCUUUCUUAUACUUUGCGGAAUGUGUUCAGCUUUUGUGACAAAUAUAGUGAGGAAAUUAGUUCACGAUCAUCGAAUAAUAAAAGAACACAUGCGUCACUCAAGAGAUGGACACGUUGAUCAAAUAGGUAUCAGUGAAGCUGAUGAACACACCGGGGAUAAUUAUGAACCACAUUGCCACGACUAUUCGCACAGUGAAAAUAGUAGUCAAUGCACCAAUCUGAUUCGAUCCAAACAUGCAAAUAAUGUAUCUAGCUUAGAUUGUUACGUUCCAUCUGGUGACAUCAUUCCAGUGUUAAUGAAGCACGAUCCUCCAUCUUGUCAUUAUUCUUCCAUCGAGGACGAAGAAGACGACGGUUUGAUGAGUUCCUAUCCUUCAGCAACCGAAACUAAAGAUAUUGAAUGUCAAACUAGAGAAAGUUUGUUUGACACUCCAGCUUUUGUUCCAAAAACUUCUUCGGGUCAUUAUAGAAUUAGACCUUCGGAGUCUCCGUUAAAUAAGCCACCGUUGGGAUUUUCUACCUUUGGGUAUAGAAAAAAUUCAGAAAAUUCAUCCGAUUUGAGUAAACCAAGCAAGUUUAGAGCAGAAGCUGUAAUUGAAAUGGAUAAAUUUUCAUCUGAAUCAUCUGGUCAAAGGCCUUACAGUGUUGAAUCAACAAAAUCAGCUCCAGAUGUUAUUGUUAUGCACUGACUGUGACCGUGAUAUAAAGAAUAACAGAAUAACAUUAUAAUAACGGUAUUUUUUUAAAAUUAAUUAAAUUAAUUUUUUACAUAAGUAAUCAAAAUUAUCAUAUGCACACGCAAAAUAUUAAUUAGAAUUACAUGUUUUUUUUUAUCAAAAAUGUUUCAUUACUUAAAUUUCCAUACAUUAAUUGUUUCAAAAUAAUGAAUUAUAAAAAAAAUUUAAUUGAAAUUAUUUUUUAUAUUUUUAUAAAAAUUCUUAACCAUUCAAAAUUUUUUUCUAUUUUGAUAUUUGUUUUUAAAAAUAUAAAAACUAAUUAUUUCUUAAUUUUUUUUUAUAUUAGUCACUGAACCUCAAAGAUAAAGCACACACAAGACUAUAUUGUGUGAAUAUUUAAUGAGUAUGUUUUUAUUUGAGUCUAUAAAACUUGCAAAUCUAAAAAUAUAUUUUUUAAUGUAUGAGAGUUCUUGAGCAAGUUUCAUUAAAUUCGUAAAUUGUUGUAAUAAAAUAUUACUAGCCAGCUUGACUAUAUAUUUUUGACAUGUUUUAUAAAAAAAAAUUUAGUUUAAUUUUUAUCAAUCAAAGUUUUCUUUGGACAUUUAUUAAUAUCUUUGAUUUGAUUUUAUUGAAUUGAUUAGAUUUUUAUAUUAGACAUAUGCUGCUAUCAGUAAAAGUAAAAUAUGGAUUGUUAAUCAAUUAAACUAAUAUAGACUUUAUACAAAAAUAGUUUAGAUAAAAUGUAUAAUUAAAUUGUAAACCAUAUGUGAUAAGUAUUGUAUAAAGAAAGUUUAUUCAUACAAAAUAUACACGAUGAUACAUAUUUAAAAUUAAAAAAAUUAUAUAAAUGUAAUAAACACUAUUGUAAACAAAUAGAAUUACGAAUUUGUCAUUUCAGGGAUGUAUAUACUGUUGUGACAAUGCUCUUAGGAAUUUUAAUUUUCUUAUAUUGGCUGCUUCUCUUUUAAUUUCCUCAUUAUUAUUUGCAUUUAACUCUAAUGCACCAAUUGUUUUUAACUUUAAAAAUAUAAAUAUAAAUUAUAUUAUGUAUAUAAAAUGUAUCUAUGUAUCAUUAAUAUACAAAAUGUUGAGUAAGGAAACAGGUCAGUUGUUACAAACAAUGAGAACAAUAGAAACCCAUGUCUACACUUACUGAACACUCUAUAUAAAUAUAUAUAUAUAUAUAUAUACAUGUAAUGAUAAUGAUAAUGGUAGAUUAAAAUGUAAUAUAUAAAAUAUAUGUAUUUUAAAUUGUAUAUAAUGUUUAUACUUCAAUAUUGAAUAAAUUACUGCCAACAAAUUA